CAAAGCGAAAGCACAUACUGAGCACAAUGUUCGCACAUUUCGCGCUUGUUCUAGUUCCGUUACUUGUAGCCGGUAAACCGAUGCCACCAUCGAACUUACAGCUGUCGACAUUCUGGAUUCGGUAUUCGAAUGCGCAAUAUCAGGCGAAGGCAGCCGGUGGUGGACCGGGUGGAGGAGGUUCCAAAAUCGCCGGUGGUUCACUUGCCAGCCAGCAGCAGUUUCCCUACCAGGCAGCGAUUAUGGUGAACUUCCCCGACGGAUCGGGAACUCUGUGCGGAGGCUCGAUCAUAUCGACGACCUUCGUACUGACGGCUGCACAUUGUUUACGAGGUGCAUUGGAUGCUACGGUGGUUGUCGGAACGAACAUCGUUAGCAUCCCUACUGAUGACAAGGCCGUAGAAAUUGACGUAACGUUUCACGAUAUGCUUGUACAUCCCAGCUAUGAUCCGGUGAAUGUGUUCAACGAUAUCGCGAUUCUGCGCUUGACGAAGACGCUAGUGUUAUCAGACAAGAUUCAACCGAUUCGUCUGCCGUCUCGGUUGGAGGCGAAACAAGAGCUGGCGAGUGUUGACGCAGUCGUUUCCGGUUGGGGUGCCUUGAACGGGGAUGAGUUUGCCGAAAUUUCCGAAAGCUUAAAGUUGGAGUUGCGUUUCGUCAGUAACCCGGUUAUAUCGAAUGAAUCCUGCGAGAAGGUGUUUCCAAAUAUGAUUCGCGAGUCACACGUGUGCGUUUCCGGAAGUAACGGUCGUAACGCUUGUCAAGGUGAUUCGGGGGGUCCACUAACGGCGCAUUUGAAUGGAGAGACUACUUUGAUUGGCAUUGUUUCCUUCGGAUCUACUGAGGGUUGCGAAAAAGGUCUACCUGCUGUUUACACUCGAGUCAGUUAUUAUCUGAAUUGGAUAGAAGACCACACUAACGUGAAAGUAACAUGAAAAUUAAGAUAUUGUAUAUUUUAAGAAUAAGAAACCUCUACCAAAUAAACUUCUACCAGC